AUGAGCGAAUAUGGUGGUCCCACUGCUGGACCGUUAUCGACUUCGCCGAUGAUCACGAUUAACGACGACGUCGAACAUAUCGACACGUCGAACUCGGACUCAGACGCGCCAUCCUUGUCGGAAGCAGCUCGUGAGCGCGAGACCUUCAAAUAUGACUCCCUGGAGAUCUCUACCGCCGCUCUACGGAACCCCGAAGCCGCCAAACCCAUCCCAUCAACCGUCCUGUCAGCCACCCCGGAUCCAGGCCUCACCGCCUUUGCCCAGCUCGGGCUAUACAGAUUGGCCGGAUCCCGCGCCUUGGUCUCCCUCUUUGACCGCAAGAACCAGCAUAUUGUCGCCGAAGCCGUACGAGCGACUCCCUUGAACCUCAACCAAGACCAGUUGGAUCAACUAUGGCUUUGCGGGACCGCAGUCCCCAGAGCGACUAGCAUCUGCGAACAUGUGCUCGCCGGACCUGCAGCCUCCCUGACGAUACCGGGUAACGACACUGGAGGAGCCCCAAGCGAUCUGCCAGUCUCGGUUGUCCUCAAUUUGGACCAGGAUUCGAGGUUUUGUGACGUCAAAGACACACAAAAGCGGUUCUACAUAGGUGUUCCUAUCCGGUCCCCAGCCGGCAUCAACAUCGGUGUAUACUGCGUUUUUGACGACAAACCACGACAACACGUGUCUGCGGACGAGAUACAGUUUAUCCGGGAUAUGUCCCGAACCGUGAUGGACUAUUUGGACGCCAAACGAUCACACGAAUGGCACCGGAGGGAGGAGCGUAUGGUUCGCGGGCUUGGGAGCUUCGUCGAAGGGAAAGCAACCCUCUCGAACUGGUCACAGUCCUCCAACCCAUCUUCAUUUCAGGAUAUUCCAGGAAUACAAGAGGGGACCCUCAACAAACGGUUACGUGGCGCUGAUCGACGCCCAUCAAAGGUUUCCUUCCUAAGAUCGGGGACGGAACAAGGAACAACGACAUCCACAAGUCAGGAAAUCGACGGCAACGUUCAUAGUGGCGGCCGUGCUACUGGCACUCUUCGCAGCAAGACGCAAUCUACCUGCAAAAACCCGUUGUCAUCCGGAGAGGUCUUGCAAGACGACGUUGAGAGAGUUUUCUCCAAGGCGUCCAACAUCAUCCGGGAAUCGAUAGAGGUUGAGGGGGUUGUGUUUUUGGAUGCAAGUAUCAGGACCUUUGGGGGCUUGAUAGGACUCGGACAAGAGAUGCCGUCACCUCCCGCGCAGCUUGGCAAACAAUCACCAGAUGUCUCGGAAUUUGAAUCGAGCAGUGACGAGAUCCCGGCAUCCCAGUCGGGAGACACUGCUGAGGCUACUUGCUGCAGAGUCCUGGGUCACUCCACCUCACAGAGCUCCUCCAUCAACGGAGACGAGGCUGGCCACCCUCUCGGCGCGUUUCCCGAGAAGUUUCUCCAUUUCCUGCUGCAAAGGUACCCGCACGGCAAGAUCUACAAUAUGGAAGUGCAACCUAUCCCGCUGGCGGCAUCGGAUCUGUCGACCACUUCGAGACGAAGCGGCAGGGCAACAGACAUGCUCCAUGCUCGAACUGUUGGGGCUUUAGACUGGAGCUCCGAAAAGCCGAAGCGCCGGUCUAUUACAGCCACACUUUCAGCCAUGUUUCCUGGCGCUACAAGCGUGGCAUUCAUGCCGCUAUGGGAUUCCCAGCGGAAUCGUUGGUUUGCUGGCAGCUUUGUGUGGACCAGGACACCGACACGUAUCUUCACGCGCGAAGAUGAACUCAGCUACCUCAAAGUCUACAGCUUAACCAUUAUGGCUGAAGUCACUAGGCUGCAUAUCAAGGCAGCUGACAGGACCAAGAUGGAUGUUUUGGGUUCUAUAAGCCACGAGCUACGGUCUCCGUUGCACGGUGUUGUUGGUGCUGCCGAGCUUUUGCUUCAGACUCACCUGAACAGUUCUCAACAGCGGAUUCUCCGUACGAUUCAGAUCUCGAGUCGUACUCUCCUUGACACCAUUGGCCAUAUUCUCGAUUAUGGCAAACUAGGCAAAAUGAACCCCUUGAUCAGGAGUAGUAGUAGACUGGGAAGAAGAAACUCAGCUCGUCGGCCCCAGAACAAACAGGACCCGGCUUCAGCAACACCCGACUUGCCGGAAGCGGCGGUACAACUAGACCGACUCACCGAAGAAGUCUUGGAAAGCGUCCUGGCAGGGUAUACAAACAUGAAUCUCUCUACCGACGCCAUGCUGGAGGCUGGUACUACCCCGACUUCAAGUCAUCGUCGAACCCGCCGAUCGCUUGCAAACGACAGCAUCCCCAAAGCCGAGCAGACCCGAGGUCACGGCGGCGAUCAAGAUGAUUUCGUCCAAACCCUCCUCGAUAUUGAGCCAGCAAAGUCCUGGUCGUUCCGCAUACACCCCGGCGCCUUUCGACGGAUCGUUAUGAACCUGGUUGGGAAUUCUCUCAAGUUUACCAAGGCAGGCUUGGUGAAAGUGCAUCUGAGACAGCAAUUACCGCCAGAGGAACCAGACAAGCAAGCUCCAGGUGUUGCCACAGUCCUCUUGACUGUCUCCGAUACUGGCAAAGGCAUGAGCGAAGAAUACUUGCGGAAUCAGCUCUACACACCUUUUGCCCAGGAAGACCCUUUUGCACCGGGAACGGGACUAGGACUCAGCCUCGUGCGUCAGGUGGUAACCGCACUAGGGGGUGAAAUCCACGUUGAAAGCCAGGCCGGCAGCGGCACGUCUGUCACGGUGUCCAUGCCGUUGUCUACUGGUGAAGGGUCGGACGAAGACGAAGAGGAAGAUGGCAUGUUUCGGGUCGCAGCACAAGAGCUGGCGGGCUUGCGAGUUGCCCUCCGUGGUUAUGGGCAAGAAACCACAGCGACAGGGGCAACGGGCCAUCCCACUGCACAUGGCGAACGGCAGGCCCAAGUACAACUCGAGCUUGUACGGAGCCUGUGUGAAGGAUGGCUGGGCAUGCAGGUCGUGCCCGAAGCUCAGGCACAAUGUUCGCCUCCGGAUUUCGUUAUCUCAGCACGUGGCUCUUUACCUCCCUUCGACGGCGAUGGCACUUCAGGUUCUAGUACCUGCCCACACAUCUUUAUUUGCCCAAGUUUGAGCGUCCAUGACAUGAACGUCCAGGUCGGGCAGAAUCGGCUACCCCUUUUUGUCGAGGUGGUAUCACAACCACUGGGUCCACGAAAGCUCGCAAAAUCGCUCUUCGAUGCUCGACGACGAUGGACGGAUGCACUAGGUUCCUCACUGAAGUCAGACAGCUCGGAGACUCUGGCGGAAGAGAAGACUCUUGCACCGAGCCCCCAAUCAGGGGGCACAGAAGUUGCGUCUUCCUCUGGACUUGAAGUCUCCAAAGUUGAAGAUACGGCCUCGGAAAUAUUGGCGUUGGCUUCCACAUCUACGAGGCUGGAAGCGAAACCACGAACCGAGUUACAAGACGACAACUUCGGCCCGCACCGCCCCGAAGUCUUACACGCAGGGCUGCAUGCUUCAUCUGAGUCAGUAGCCACACUGGGGCCUACGACGACUCAACGCUCCGUCCUUAUCGUCGAUGACAACCCUAUUAAUAUCAAAAUAUUAGCAGCUUACAUCAAGAAGCUUCAUCAGCCGUAUAGAAUCGCCACAAAUGGGCUUGAGGCCCUUGACAUGUAUACACAGUCGCCGUAUGAAUAUAACUGUCUACUUACAGAUAUAUCUAUGCCUGUAAUGGACGGUCUCGAGUCUUCCCGCCGGAUUCGGAAGUUCGAACGCGAACAAAAUGUCCCUCCCUGCAAGAUCAUCGCGCUUACUGGCUUAAGCGGUAUUGAUGUCGAACAAGAUGCGUUUGCAAGUGGCGUCGACGUGUUUUUGACCAGACCAGUAACGAUGAAAGACAUAGUUGUUACUUUGGAGGAACUCGGCAUUAGUUGA